UCAGUUUGAAUUUGUGACUCGUGGUGUUUUGUUCGUUUAUCGGAUGUUUGUUGUUAAGCAGCGAGACGUGAAUCGCAUUUAAACGAUUCCGGCUUAAAUGCUGGUUGAAAAAAUUAAACAAAAAGAAAAGUUAAAUUUUAUUUUAUAUUUUAUAUUGUUUUGUGGUAAAAAAAUAUUGAAAUUUAUUUGUGAUUGAAUAAAAGCUAUAAAGGAGAUGUACGUAUAAAGUGUGAUAAAUGAGAGAUAAAAAAAAAAUAUUGAUGUAAAGAAAAUAUUGUGACAAAUUUUAUGGAGAAUUGCAAAAUUAGUUUUGUUUGGCGAUUUUUUUGUUUUAGUUUUUUGGUCUUUGUUAAUUGAAUUGAAAUUGUUAAAUUGUUUAAUGAGUUAAUAAAAGUUUGAGUGCAGCUUUAUGUAGCGUAUAGCGUACAUUUAAAAUUCGUUUAACUUUAGUUUUUAUUAAAUUUUAAAUUAUAAUUGGUGUAUUUAAUUAAGCCAAACAAGCAGAAAUAAAAAUAUUCAAACAAAAUAAAAAAAAAAUGAUUUCACAACACAGCUUCAAUAGUUGCAUGCGCAGCAACAACAAAAACAUAACCAAAGUCUACAACAACAAUAACAAAAACAACAACAACAACAAUGUAAUAAAGAAGUUGUUUGCGAUUAAACUCACAUUUGUUGGCAUUUUCACUCUAUUGACCCUGACAAAAGUCAAUGUGCAGGGUGCUGCAAUUUUUACAAAUGCUGAUUUUUCACAUCCAAGUUUUGAACCAAUUUGUAAUACACAAGACGAGCAUUUUAUUGAAAGUGAUGGAAAAGAAUCUAGUCUCAUACUUGAAUUUAAUCCCGGCGUUUUAGCCGAGAAGAAAACAUCCUGCACUCGCAUACUAAGUACAACUGCUAAUUAUGGAUUUAUAGUGCGUCUUAUAUUACCAAAAAUUCGUCGUGGCUUUCAUCAGACUCCACCCACCAUAACUAAUAAUAAUGAGAAAACAAAAACAAUUUCUGCUUUAAAUGAGAUGACUUCAUUGAUUGAAAAAAUCAACUCAACUGCUUUAAAAUCGGGUCUGGGACGUUCUUGUCCAAUAAGUGUGUUUAGUUCCUUUGAUCCCCACAUACCGCAAUGGCGUUUGGAUCCAUGUCAAAUUGAAGACACUGCUCCAGAUAUGGAAGAUCCUGUCCGUCUUUUUCACGGACGUGUGCGUAUUGUCUGGGAACACGAACAUCAAACACUCAACUCUAAAUUGAUGGUAACCGUUUUGGGUAAAGGUGAACAGUGCCGAAAUGAGAAAAAACAUCAGUGUCUAAAAAUAGGCGAUGAACCUAUUUUAUGUAUAUCCAAAGAUCUUGUUUGUGAUGGCAUACGUCAUUGUCCAAAUAGUAAUGAAUAUGAUAGUGAUGAAGAUUAUGCAAUGUGUUGGAAACAUCGUCGUGUGAAUGAUCCAAUUUCCACAGCUAUGGAAAGUGACAUUUUUGAACAUUUUGCUUUGGAAGUAUUUCGUAAUCUAUUUGCUUUUGAUGCACCCACAAUGCCGGAUAAGAGAAAUAGAACUGCUGUAGGCGCAAAUAGCACAACUUUGCGUAAAGUACCUGGCAAAACGGAUAAUAAUACUAUCAAUAGUGAUGGUGAACUUACAGAUAAUUCUAACGGUACAAAAUCUCUAAAGAAUAGCACGGAACACGCUAUUACUAAUGUUGGUACGGGACAUCACAGACGAAACUCCACACGUUUAGGUUUAAAUUCAGAUUUAUCAAAAUAUGGUCCAUGGGGUUAUCUGAUGCUUGGCAUGUUACUGUGCGGAGGUGCACUUUUAAUAUGUGGACUUUGGGUUUGCUGUUGUCGCUUAAGCCUUCACAUUCAAACCAUACGUUCACUUUCAGCUUCCGCCUCUCAACAUGCAGCUAAUAAUGAGCGCGAAUCAGCAUUACAAAAUGGUACCUCAGGCAUGCCCGGUAGUCAUGUUCAUCCCUCCAAUAACGCUGGACCACCAAAUUACGAGGAACUCGAUCCACCGCCAGCAUAUUCCGUGCUAUUUCCAAAUCAAAAAGCCGCUUCUAGCAAUACAUUAAGUUCCAUGGGUGCUACAACAACUGCAGCUGGUGCCGCUGCCGCUGCAGCCAGCAGUGGCAUUGCAGUUGCAGCCGCUGCGGUCAUACCACCACAGGCUGAAGCAGCAGUCGCACCUGUUACUGAUUCAACAACUACAACUACAACAACAAUAACACCAAACAUCACAGCGGCUUCCGCUCAAGAAAAUGUAGAUAGUGUAGCGUCGAAUUGAGCGGAUUUAGCAGCUUGACAGCUUUGCUCACGUUAGUCUGACACAUCCUUUCAUCCAAUAAAAGUAGACAUGCUCUGAUGCCAGACAAUUAUUUGCAGCAUUGCAUUUAGUAAAUUUUUUUCAAUUGACUGACUUAUUUAUAAUAAAAAUAAAAGAUUAAUCUUCAUUAGAAGUGAAUCUGUAAAGUAACUUUGACAAAUUUAGCUUUAAGUUAAGAAAUUUACUUUUACCGCUUAGUUAGUUAGUUUAAUAAUAAUAAAAAUGUUAAAGAUAGGUUUUGUGUUUUUUAAGUUAGUGAAUAUUUAACGUUUUUCCACCAUCAUUUUUUGAUACCAAUUUUUUCCUAAUGUUAUUAUGAUUAUAAUUAUUAUUAUUUUUUUAUAUGUAUUUAAUUGUAAAAAUGAUGUGCAUGCGUGCUUUUUGUAUUAGAUUUUCGUAUUUAAAUGACGAAU